AUGAGUAAGAGAGAGAUAAGUGUGAUUCAGCAAACUUGGGCCUUAUUAUGCAAGAAUCUUCUUAAAAAACGGAGGAUGAAAAGAGAUUCUUUAAUGGAAUGGUUGAACUCACUGAUCCUACUACUUAGUUUGUACCUAUUUCCUAAUGCUCAUCAUGAGACUGAUUUCUCUUCAAUGCCCACUGUGGACCUAGGACGUGUAGAUUCAUUGCAAGAUUCUGACUUUAUUAUUGCAUACACACCGAUCACCAAUACAACCCAAGAGAUCAUGAAUAAAGUAGCUUCAGCCCCUUUCUUGACAGGUGGAAAAGUCAUAGGACUCUUAGAUGAAGAAGAUACUGAAGAAAUAGAAGCAGUUUACUCUAAUGAAAUAGUAAAAGUCAUCUUUACUAAUACAUUCUCAUACCAUUUGAAGUUCUUGUUCGGACACAGAAUCCCAAUUAGUAAGGAGCAUGGGGAACAUACAGCUCACUGUUACGAGGCCAAUGGAAAUCUUGAUUGUGGAGUGUCUGAUUUCUGGAGUAAAGGUUUUGUGGCUCUCCAAGCUUCCAUUAAUGCUGCUAUUAUCGAAAUCACAACUAAUCAUUCAGUGAUGGAAGAAUUGAUGUCAGCUACUGGGAAGAUUAUGAAGAUAUAUCCCUUCAUCAGUCAAGGCGGACUUCUAACAGAUUUCUUUAUUUUCUUUUGCAUCAUUUCUUUUUCCCCAUUCACUUACUAUGCCUCUCUCAAUAUUACUAGAGAGAGGAAAAAGAUGAAAAGUUUUAUGAAAAUGAUGGGUCUUCGAGAUUCAGCGUUCUGGUUAUCCUGGGGUUUGCUCUAUGCUGCUUAUGUCUUCAUUAUGGCCCUUUUCAUGGCGCUUAUUAUUAAAUCGUCCCAAUUUGUCAUCUUGACUGGCUUUGUGGUGGUCUUAACCUUCUUUCUACUCUAUGGAUUGUCUUUGAUAGCCUUGACUUUCUUAACGAGUGUCUUGGUAAAGAAACCUUUCCUAACCGGCCUGAUUGUGUUCCUUCUCACUGUCCUUUGGGGCAGUGUGGGAUUUGCAGCAUUGUACAGACACCUCCCUGCAUCCUUGGAGUGGACUUUAAGUAUUUUUAGUCCCUUUGCCUUCACGCUUGGAAUGGCUCAGCUUCUACGUGAGGACUAUGACUUGAAUUCUAAUGCAUUUUCUGGUUCGGAGGACAGCUCAAAUCUAAUAAUAGCAACACAUUUCAUGUUGGUGUUUGAUAUGUUCCUCUAUCUGGCAUUGAUGAUUUACUUUGAAUACAUUUUGCCAAAUGAAUACGGACAUCGUCGUUCGCCCCUGUUUUUCCUGAAGUCCUCACCUUGUUCACAACAACAAAAAGCUGCUCACAUGACCCUUGAAGAUGAAGUAGACUCUAAUCCUUCAUCUAACGACUCUUUUGAACCAGUGUGCACAGAAUUCCAUGGGAAAGAAGCUAUCAGAAUCAGAAACGUUACAAAAGAAUAUAAAGGAAAGUCUGAAAACAUUGAAGCUUUGAAAGAUCUGACACUUGACAUAUAUGAAGGGCAGAUCACUGCAAUUCUUGGUCACAGUGGAGCUGGGAAAUCCACGCUGUUGAACAUUCUGAGUGGCUUGUCUGUUCCCACCAAAGGUUCAGUCACCAUCUAUAAUAAUACAUACUCCGAAAUGAUUGAUCUGGAAAAUAUCAGCAAGCUCACUGGAGUUUGUCUACAAUCUAAUGUUCAAUUUGACUUCCUCACCGUGAAAGAAAAUCUCAGUCUCUUUGCUAAAAUAAGAGGGAUUCUUCCAAGAGAAGUGGAUGAAGAGGUUAAAAGAAUUUUGAUGGAAUUGGAAAUGAAAAAUAUUCAGGAUGUCCUUGUUCAAAACUUAAGUGGUGGACAGAAAAGAAAACUGAGUUUUGGGAUUGCCAUUUUAGGAGAUCCUCAGAUUUUCAUAUUAGAUGAACCGACUGCUGGGUUAGAUCCCUUUUCCAGACACCGAGUAUGGAACUUCCUGAAGGAGCGUAAAAAAGACCGGGUGAUCCUUUUCAGCACCCAGUUCAUGGAUGAGGCGGACAUCCUGGCUGAUAGGAAAGUGUUUCUUUCCAAAGGGAAGCUGAAGUGUGCAGGCUCGUCUCUUUUUCUGAAGAAGAAGUGGGGGAUUGGAUAUCACUUAAGUUUGCAGUUGAAUGAAAUGUGUGUUCAGGAAAAAAUAACAGCCCUCGUUAAGCAACAUAUCCCUGAGGCCAAGUUAUCGGCAGAAAGUGAAGGAAAACUCAUGUAUACGUUGCCAUUAGAAAGAACAAAUAAAUUCCCAGAUCUUUACAAGGCUCUUGAUAGCACUCCUGACCUGGGAAUUGAGAAUUACGGUGUUUCCAUGACAACUUUGAAUGAGGUGUUCCUGAAACUAGAAGGAAAAUCAGCCAUUGAUGAAUCAGAUGUUGGCAUUUGGGGAGAAGUACAAGCAGAAGGAGACACAGAAAGUUUUUUUGCAAUGGAACGAGUCCUCUCCUCACUAAAUGAGAUGAAAAACACCAUCACUGGCAUGGCCCUGUGGGGAAAGCAAGUCUGUGCAAUUGCAAGGGUUCGCUUCUUAAAAUUAAAGCAUGAAAGAAGAGCUAUUUUAUCACUGCUAUUGAUUCUAGCAGUUGGAUUUUCCCCUCUCCUUUUGGAGUAUAUUAUCCUAAAAAUUUAUCAAAGCAAUUACAUUUGGGAACUGUCUCCACAUACAUACUUCCUGUCUCCAGGACAACAACCACGUGACCCCCUCACUCGCUUGUUGAUCAUCAAUAAAACAGGAACAAGCAUUGAUGACUUUAUACAUUCGGUGAAACGCCAGAACAUAGCUCUGGAGGUGGAUGCCUUUGGAACUAGAGACGGCACAGAAGACCCAUCUUACAAUGGAGCCAUUAUCAUGUCGGGUAAUCCCAUGAAGUACAACUUUUCGUUAGCAUGUAAUGCCAAAAGGUUGAAUUGCUUCCCAGUUCUUAUGGAUAUUGUGAGUAAUGGACUACUUGGAAUGUUUCAACCAUCAGCACACGUCCAAACUGACAGAAGCACAUUCUUUGUGGAGGAACAGGAUAACCCCUUUGCGUUAUUGAGCCAUACCGUAUUCUGGAUGAUUCUGGCAGCUAGUUGUUCUCCUUAUAUUGCCAUGAGCAGCAUUGAUGAUUAUAAGAACAAAGUCCGCUCUCAGCUUCGGAUAUCAGGACUUUUCCCUUCUGCUUAUUGGUUUGGGCAGGCGUUGGUGGAUGUUCCAUUGUACUGCUUGAUGUUCCUUUCUAUGUAUUUAAUGGACUACAUUGUAACUUCCCAAGAUUCUAUAUUUAAGAUUAUAAAUCAGAUUAUGCAAAUACCAUGUGCUCUCGGUUAUGCUGCGUCACUUAUCUUUCUGACGUACAUCAUUUCAUUCGUUUCUCGAAAUGGGAGAAAAAAUAGUGGGAUUUGGUCUUUUGCCUUCCAUAUUAUCAUCAUGUUCUCUAUAGUCAUAUUUCUGUUGGGAGGCACUGGAAGUAGUGGACUGUUUUGCAUCACCUUUUUAAUUCCACCAGCCACAUUGAUUGGCUGCAUAUUCUUAUCUGUCCAUCUGUUCACAAAUGCUAUGUUUAUGGGAAAUUCAAGUGGUGUAGAAGCGUUCCUGUUAUUCUUAAUCCCUUUCCUUCAUUUUAUUGUCUUCCUUGUUAUUUUGCGAUGUCUGGAAUGGAAGUUUGGAAAGAAAACAAUGAGAAAGGAUCCUGUCUUUAGAAUUUCUCCGAGAAGCAAUGAUGUGUGUCCAAAUCCAGAAGUCCCAGAGGGGGAGGAUGAGGAUGUACAGAUGGAAAGAGUGAGAACAGCAAAUGCCUUGAAUUCCACAAAUUUUGAUGAGAAGCCAGUCAUUAUUGCCAACUGUCUUCGCAAGGAGUAUGCAGGGAAGAGGACACGCUGCUUCUCCAGGAAGAAGAAGAAAAUAGCCACAAGAAAUGUCUCCUUUUGUGUUAGAAAAGGUGAGGUUUUAGGAUUAUUAGGACACAAUGGAGCUGGAAAAAGUACAUCCAUUAAAGUUAUCACUGGAGACACACAACCAACUGCUGGACAGGUGCUACUACAAAGCAUCAGUGGAGAAGACACCCGUGGGUUCCUGGGGUACUGUCCUCAGGAGAACGCACUGUGGCCCAACCUGACGGUGAAGGAGCACUUGGACGUGUACAGCACUGUGAAAGGACUGAGGAGAGAAGAUGCCGAGGUCGCCAUUACACGGUUGGUAGAUGCGUUCAAGCUGCAGGAUCAGCUGAAGGUGCCCGUCAAGACCUUAUCAGAGGGGAUCAAGAGGAAGCUGUGCUUCAUGCUGAGUGUCCUGGGGGGGCCAGCAGUGGUGCUUCUGGAUGAGCCUUCUACAGGGAUGGACCCCGAAGGGCAGCAGCAGAUGUGGCAGGCGAUCCGGGCCGCCAUCAGCAACACAGAGCGGGGUGCCCUCCUGACCACCCACUACAUGGCCGAGGCCGAGGCCGUGUGUGACCGCGUGGCCAUUAUGGUGUCUGGGAGGCUCAGAUGUAUUGGUUCUAUCCAACACCUGAAAAGCAAAUUUGGCAAAGAUUACCUGCUUGAGAUGAAGGUGAAGGACCCCUCUCAGGUGGAGCCCCUCCAUGCCGAGAUCCUGAAGCUUUUCCCUCAGGCUGCUCGGCAGGACAGGUACUCCUCCCUGAUGGUCUAUAAAUUGCCAAUGGAAAAUGUGCGACCUUUGUCCCAGGCUUUCUUCAAAUUAGAGACAGUUAAGCAGAGCUUUGACCUGGAGGAAUACAGUCUGUCUCAGUCCACUCUGGAGCAGGUUUUCCUAGAACUCUCCAAGGAGCAGGAGUUGGAUGAUUUUGAUGAAGAAAUUGAUUCCUCCAUGAAGUGGAAGCUCCUUGCCCGCGACGAUCCUUAA